AGGCACCACAAUGGUGGUCCUGCGCCUGUUGCGAUGGACGACGAGAGUGCUCGUCGGCCUUGUGAUAUCGGCAUUUGUGCUGGGAUCCGUACUGUUAACCCUGAACAAGGUCCUCCUGAGCUCAGUCUUUCAGAAGUUCAGCUCGAUCUGUUACUUCCCAUUCAUUACCAAGGCAUUGAAGAAGGGUGCAGAAGCAGAGGGAUUCGCCUUCCUUGCGGAGGAUCGACUGUAUUCAGUCGCGGUGUACUGCAUCUGGGGCUUGACAUUCCUAGCAGCGCUGCUGACCAUUGUCUUGCGAAAUCUGCCAGCUCGAAGGCCCAAGCAUGUGCAGAAUACAUCUAGCCCAGACACCCCACUGCUCAGCAGGCCGGCUGAAGAAUUGAGCGCACCGCAUGCUGUGGUCAAGCGCAUGUUGCAUUAUCACCUGCCACCAAGGGGCUUCUGGUCUUGGUGGUGUGGUGGCAUGGCGGUCUAUGACGCCCUUGUGGUGGUGGCCUGGGUGAUCGUCAACAUUCUAUAUGUGCAGCAGCGCGUCAGCCUCAUCCUGCCCAUCUUCAAGCAGGCAAUCGCGCAGGGACUGCUGCCUGAUUGGAGCACUACACAAGCGCUCCUCGCUCUCAUCUCUGGAGCGCUGGGGUGGGCGGCCACGCUGGACAUUCUGCUGCUGUUCUACCCGGUGCCGCGUUCCAUCUUCCUGCACUGGCUCAUGGGCACCAACUUUCCCACCCUCAUCAAAUACCACAGGUGGCUGGGGCACGGCACGAUGUGGAUUCUGAGCGUGCACGGCUGCGGCUUCUACGCGCUGUGGCUGUGGGAGCACGAUUGGCUUGCGGGCCUAGUCUGGGACCGUAACGGCACCAACAUGCUGGCGGGCACGCUGUCCUGGUUGUGCGGCUGCGCGCUCUGGUUCACCUCCCUCGAAUUUGUGCGCCGAAAGUACUUCGAGCUCUUCUACAAGACCCACAUCCUGGGCUUCCUGGGCUUCAUGCUGUUUGGCUUCAUGCACCACAUCAGCCUGUGGGCCUACACCAUGCCAGGUCUGCUGCUGUACCUGCUGGACGUGACAAUGCGCAUGGCGCAGCAGGCGCAGCCGGUGAAGAUUACGAGCGUGGAUGCCUGCCCCAGCGCCACGCUGGCCACGCUGGAGUUCAACACAGACCCCUACACGCCCGUCAAGCCAGUGCAGGACCUGUUUCUGGGUGUGGAUGGCCUGUCGACAGUGCAGUGGCACCCCUACUCCACGGUGGGGGGCCCGCGCCCCCACACGCUGGUGGCCCACAUUAAGAGCUACGGCGCAUGGACCAGCGGCCUCAUGCGCCGGCUGCUGCGCGACGGUUCCGUAACCAUGCGCAUCGACGGACCUUACGGCGAGUUUGAGGAGCGCCCUGAGUGGACUCGCCACCGCACGCUUGCCAUCUUUGCUGGCGGAAUUGGGGUAACGCCAGUGUUUGGCAUACUCAACGACUUGACGCAGCGGCGCGCGGCCGCAGCAGACGGCGGCGGGGACGGCGUGCCGGUGCCCGACAAAGUCAUCUUCGUCUUCAGCGCGGCGCAGAAGAACGAGCUGGCCCUGCUGCAGCGACCCCUCCUGUCUGAUGCCAUGCAUGAGGGGUGGCUGGAGCUGGACGCAUACUACACAGGAGCCAACAGGGGCAGGGACCCCUCAGACCUGGGCGCGGGGGCACCCAAGCCUGAUGAGGCGCUCAUCCUGCCCAAUGACAGCGCCGCUGACCUCACCACGCCCCAGAGCAGCCGCCUCGCCACCAAAUCAGGCGCCCUAGAUGACUCAGUGACCAGGACUGUGCUGCCGCCAUAUUUCUUUGGGGAUGCGCACUGGGCGCUCGCGCAUGUGCUGUGCCUUGUUGGUGCGGUGCUCGGAGGCGUUGCCUCCUUUGGCUACUCCGCGCAUGCCAACACUCUACGCCCUGACGGCGCCCCAGACUGGCUGAUUGGGCUCUACCUGCUGCUGGCAUCGGGGCUAGGGGGCAUGCUCCUGCCAGCCCUGAUCAUCAUCCCAGCACACAUUAUCAGGGCUCGGCACAUUAGGCGGCUUGUAGCUGUGGGGACGUACCCACAGCAGCCUACCACGCCAGAUGUUGAGAGCAGGGCAGCGCUGCCAGAGGUCAAGGCCACUCCCGGCCGGCCGGACAUUUACGCACUGCUGCGGCAGAUCUGCGCAGAGCAUGAGUCCGAGCAGGAAAUCGGCGUUGUGGCUGCAGGGCCGGAGUUGAUGGUGGAAGCUGUGGUGGAGGCGUGCCAUGCCCACAAUGACUCAGUGGGACUCCUGGGCCGCCCCUACCUGGACGUCAGCAAGCACACCUUCUCCUUGUAA